AUGGCCACACAACAGGCGUUUGGACCAAGGUUUGCAGAUGAGUUCAGCGUGCUGAUGGAGUUGCGCAGCUCUCAGGAGGAGGAGAGCAGCCUUUUGACUCUGUUAAACUACCAGCAUCACAUCGACCUCCAGCUCCGCCUCGGCCCCCAUUCACUAACUUUCAUCUCCACCCAGCACAGAGAAUAUGAGUUUCCAGUGAGCUCUCUGCGUGAUGGCCAGUGGCACCAGGUGUCACUGGGCGUCUCUUUGUUCUGGCUGGAGGUUUAUGUGGACUGCAUCCUGGUGGAGCGGGUGGACUGGGCCUAUCCCAGUCAGGACGUGUCCACUGAGGGCCUGCUGAUGAUGGGGGGCAUUCUGGAGGGCUUUGAGAUUCCUUUUGAAGGUGCUGUGAGACAGAUGACCUUUGUGAUGGGUGAUCCAGGAGCUGCCAGAUACCACUGCCCCCUCCACCUGCCUGUCUGCGACCCCCUGGCCUCCGACACCUUCAGGAGCCAUGACUUCUCCUCUGGCACCGCGGCCGAUGACUUGUCCUACAGUGUGGAGGGAUCCACAGACGAGGAGGUUGUACAUGUGCCGUUCGCCUCCUCCAGCAAAAACCUGGACAUGGUGCGUCCACGGAGCUUUCCCACUCGUUAUGUAUAG